GAAAAAAAGAAAAGAUAAAUAGAAAAAAGGAAAAGAGAAAAAGUUGAAGUCUUUGAGUCUUAGACCUCUCUUAAAAGAGGAGGAGGAGUGUUUGUUUCUACAGAAAGUGAGAUCUUUAUAUCUUAUCAAAGCUUUGAACUUUGAAGCCCCUUCCUAUGGUUUGACUUUUUGAUUUGGUGAAGUGUACCAACAAAAAAAAAAAAAAAGAAAGAAAAAAGAGUAGCAAACAUGGAAACACCUACAGCGGAGGAGCUUUUGAGGAAGAUCCAAGAACUGGAGGCAGGACAUGAGCAUCUCCAGCAAGAAAUGUCUAGAUUAAAACAAUCCGGCGCCGGUCAGUCAAAGCCCGACCACAUUCGUCAAAGAUCCCACUCUACUUCCCCUCAACGCCGCCGCUUCCCGGGGAAUUCGGCCGCGGCGGCGGCUACGACGGCUGCUGCUUUGAAGAAAAGUUCUUGCUCGUUUCGGCAUUCGUCGCCGUUGCAAAGAGAGAGCAGAAGGUGUGAUACCGGAAAUGGCGGCGGCGGAGGUGAUGGAGAAAGCCGGAAUACCGGUCCGGCUGCCGUUAAUUUCACUAACAGUCAGUAUUUAAAUAUAUUGCAGUCUAUGGGACAAUCUGUUCAUAUAUUUGACCUUAAUGGCCGUAUAAUUUAUUGGAACCGAACUGCUGAAAAACUUUAUGGUUAUUCAGCGGCGGAGGCUUUAGGGCAAGAUGCCGUUGAACUUCUUGUCGAUCCCAGGGACUUUGCGAUGGCGAAUAAUAUAGUUCAUCGUGUUAUGAUGGGUGAGAGUUGGACUGGGCAAUUUCCUGUUAAGAAUAAAAUGGGGGAGAGGUUCUCAGCUCUUGUAACUGAUACUCCUUUUUAUGAUGAUGAUGGUUCUUUGGUUGGAAUUAUUUGUGUAUCCAGUGAUUCUCGGCCUUUUCAAGUUGCAUUUUCGGCUGAAAAGCAACUGGAAGGAGAUUCGACCUUCAGCCGGUCCAAAAAUGCUGUUUCGGCUAAACUCGGUCUUGAUCCUCAGCAACCUUUGCAAGCUGCAAUUGCGUUGAAGAUAACGAAUUUGGCGUCCAAGGUGAGCAACAAAGUAAAGUCCAGCAUUAGGACCGGAGAGAAUUGCAUUGAUUCGGAAGGGGGAAGUGGAGAUAGUCAUCAUUCUGAUCAUGGUUUCUCCGAUGCCGUACGUUUUGAUCAUAAAGAAGAUGCAACUUCGAGUGCAGCCAGUACACUGAGGGGAGAUGUACACCCAUCUGCCUUUGGUGUAUUUUCUCCUUUUGAGGAGAAGCCUGCAGUUAAAACCUCGAGAGAUUCUGGUGAUGAGAGUGAAGGAAAGCCUGCAAUCCAAAAGAUUAUGACCUUAAUGAAUAAGAAAGGGUUAUCAUGGCCUUGGAAAGGGAAUGAUCGAGAAGGAUCGGAGGCAAGGACUGCACGUUUUGUUUGGCCUUGGUUGGGCAAUGAUCAAGAGAAUGAAACGCUUGAACCCAAGUGCCCAUAUUCUAGUGCAAAAACUGAAGGCCAUGUUAAUGAAGGUAAUAGACCCGUUAAUAACGAGGCAUCGGGUUCCUGGUCAUCAUCUAUUAAUGUUAACAGCACAAGCAGUGCCAGCAGCUGUGGAAGCACCAGCAGUAGUGCUGUUAAUAAAGUUGACAUGGAUUCUGAUUGUUUAGAUUACGAGAUCUUGUGGGAAGACUUGACGAUUGGAGAGCAAAUAGGGCAAGGUUCUUGUGGAACUGUGUAUCAUGCUCUGUGGUAUGGAUCAGAUGUUGCUGUCAAGGUAUUUUCAAAGCAGGAAUAUUCGGAUGAUAUUAUACAUGCCUUUAGACAGGAGGUAUCUCUGAUGAAAAGACUUCGGCAUCCAAAUGUUCUGCUGUUCAUGGGAGCUGUGACUUCACCUCAACGUCUCUGCAUUGUCACAGAGUUCCUUCCACGUGGGAGUUUGUUUAGACUACUACAGAGAAAUACUACCAAAUUAGAUUGGAGACGGCGUAUUCAUAUGGCUUUGGAUGUUGCACGAGGAAUGAAUUAUCUUCACCAUUGCAAUCCACCUAUAAUUCAUCGGGAUUUGAAGUCUUCAAAUCUCCUUGUUGAUAAGAAUUGGACUGUGAAGGUUGGUGAUUUUGGUUUGUCACGUCUCAAGCACGAAACAUAUCUCACUACAAGGACCGGGAAAGGAACGCCUCAAUGGAUGGCCCCUGAAGUUCUUCGUAAUGAACUCUCGGAUGAGAAGUCUGAUAUUUAUAGCUUUGGAGUGGUAUUAUGGGAGCUUGCUACAGAGAAGAUACCUUGGGAAAAUCUCAACUCAAUGCAGGUGAUAGGAGCUGUAGGGUUCAUGAACCAACGACUAGAGAUACCAAAUGGAGUUGAUCCACGGUGGGCUUCUAUAAUUGAGAGUUGCUGGCACAGUGAUCCGCAGUGCCGGCCAACGUUCCAGGAACUGCUCAACAAGCUUAGAGAUCUUCAAAGACAAUAUAUUCUCCAAUAUCAGCAAGCACGUAACAUGGGUGGAGAUGGGUCACAAAGGGAAUCAUGAACCAAAUAUAUAUUCUUUUUUUGUGCCCUUUUUUAACCAUAUCAGCAAAAGUUGUAGAAGCAUGGGCAUUUGUUAUAUCUUUUUGCACCAUUGCUAUUCGUUGAGGUGCUGGUUACCACAAAAUUGGCACAAAGUUUGUGGUGUUGCCAUUUUGCAAUUGGCAUCGAAAAAAAAGGUGAGAGCAGACAGAGAGAGAGACGAAAAAAGGAGGCAGUAGUUGGCACCAUGUGAGCUGCUGCCCCUCUCAAGUUGGAUGCUCAUUGGCUGGUUGUGAGAUGUGUUGUUAUAAUGUGGCAUCUUUUUAUAUAUAUAUAUAAUGUAGUGCCACAAGUGGUGUUUGUGAGAAUUGGAGUCUUCUUAUGAGCUAUGAUUUUUCUAAAAGAGAGUACGUCAUUAUGUCAGUCAGGAGCCACUAAUUAGGGAAAGUUGUACAGAAUAUAUACAAAUCAUCAAUCUUACAUUUAUUGGAGUAAAAAUAAUAAAGUGAGAGUAUUGUCUUGCUUUCCUUCUUUUGUUAA